GGGUGAGCCACACAAAGUGCUUGGUGUAUUUAAGGCAUUUGCUUAUGGGGGGACCUAGCUGUUGCAUCAACACCACGGUUCAGUUCCUCAAAUUAGAUCAUUUAACCAUCAGCCAAGGUUGCCAAACAAGUCCCUUCUUAACGGUGAGGUAUGCUUACUUACACACUCCAGAUGCAGAGGCUGCAAUUUAAUUUCCCUGUGUAAGCUGUUUGUAUUCACACCUGUCUUGACUGAGCCUAUAGGCGAGUUUUGAAUUCAAGCCUGUCACUGACUUACAAAAACAAGUCAGGAUCACAUUUCACAAGGUCCUGUUGUUCACCAAUACCACUGGAUGAUGAAAGCCUGUUUUUGGUGCCAUCCUUUGGCUGAAGAAUGUUGGACCAAUCCAGUCAUAUCAGUUUCACUCUGCUAAUGACCGCAAAGCACCUCAUGGCAGUUAACUUCAAUAAGGUGAUGAAAACGAUACCUUAGCAAGUCUUGAGCUGCAUUUGGCUACUGUAUUUUUCUUUAAGGACAUGGAGAGUCAAAGUUUCUUGAUUUUUAAAGUCAUGCUUACAUUGAAAACAUAAUGAAUAGUUAUGAAUAUGAAUAGUUAGCAUAGUUUUCAUUCAGUUUUAAUUAUUUUUUCCCGUUCAUUAGAUACGCUCCUCAAAGAAUACCUUGUGAAUACUCCAGAGAGAUUCAUAUUUUUGCAUAGUUGAUAACGAUGUUCCUGCUUCUGUGAAUAUUAAGCUGAUUAGUGAAAUUAAGGAAAUUAGGCAUUCACAUCAAGCUACUAUUUGUACAUGAAAUAAAGUAGGGAUUUAAAAGGAGUUUACUUAUUCUUUCCUGUUUAAUUUGAUUAAUAAAAUCUGGAAGUAAAAAUGAAUAAUCAGGAGUUUAAGUGUGUUCUAGUUUCCUUCCCAGUUCUGACCUAGGUCCUGGAGUUUGUAUAAGGAUGUAACAGAACGGGGAAUUCUUGAGAAAAAUGCUGAUAAGGAUGUGCAAUGAGUUAAGCAAUGGAAAGUAAUGCUGGGAUUGGCUUUUUAAAGUACGUCAGCGCACAGAGAAAUCUGUGAUUAUGGGAUCCAAGUUCCAAACACUAAUCUCGUAAAUGCGCUUCUUUGUCCAAUCGGAUGUUCUCAAGCCGUUUAAGUUGCUUUUUCCCUCAUAUUUGAAGAUCAAAAACAAACAAGUAAAAACAAUCAACAAAUGUUUAAAUGAGUAGAGCAGGAUUGCGAUCAAUAUAUUGGCAUUUAUAAGUAACAGCAAAGCACUGCGGUCUAUUUAAAAAAAAGGCAGUUUAAGUGAAAGCGCUCUUUGAUCAAAGAAUGUUUCUCUCUGGAGUUUCCUUGCGGAGGUUAGCAGGGUCUGACUCACUGGAAUGCUAUGUCACAUUGUUUGAGUUCGCAGCUAUGCGGUCUGAGUGUGGGCGGAGCACCACUGGCCAUUCUCAGACCUGCUUACACAUGUUUUUCGGCGUAAGCGGCACUGUUUGAAGCAAAUCUGCUCCUCUGCAAAGAAAGUUUCUCAAGCCAGGGUUUCAUGCUUGAGUAAAUAUUGUGCGGCAAAAUGGCAGCGGCAUGGGUGUGCGUUUUCUUGCCGUCCCACCAAUCUUUCGUUCUUGUGAUUCUUAUAUUUGUCCCGUUCGGAGAAACUAGGCAGUAAAACGUUGUCAAGAGCCUGAUGGAUUGUGCUUUCGGGAGCACGUUAUAAGCAACAUUAAUUGCUGGCAUACAUUGUUAAAUCUGUGGAGUAAGUUCUCAGCAGUGUUGUGCUGUCAGUUGGUGACAGCACCAUUAUUCUCGGUCCCAUUUAAAAUGGCUGUAACUCAAACUCAGCCUGAGUUGGCAGGUACAGAGGUUCAGACAUUUUAUGAAUUCCUGUGCAGUGUGAUAUGGCAGGCACAGUGUACAGUGACUUCAGCACGUCAGGAGAACAGUGCAGGGACAUGGAAAAUAAGAGUAAGGCUCUUAUCACAUUGCAGCAAGCCCCGAAGCCUGCUGCAUUUUGUCAUAGCUUCCCUGUGCAAGACCAGUGGGUUCCUGCACGACUAAUUCCCUCAAGAUGUACACGACCUGAUACGAUUGUGACACAGUCAGCGCCUCUCCCAUGACUGUAACCUUUCUGAGGGAUCCAGCUGAAUGCAUGCAGGGUAUGACGACUAAUUUUAAAGCAAGCAAAGCUUUAAAGGUAAAGAAGGAGGUGGGGGAGAAUGCCCCGGCCCUCAGCGACGACGAGCUGGUGGCCAUGUCGGUGCGCGAGCUCAACCAGCACCUCCGGGGGCUGACCAAGGAGGACGUGGUGCGGCUGAAGCAGCGGCGGCGGACCCUGAAGAACCGCGGCUACGCGGCCAGCUGCCGCAUCAAGCGCGUGACCCAGAAGGAGGAGCUGGAGCGCCAGAAGACGGAGCUCCAGAGGGAGGUGGACAAGCUGGCCCGGGAGAACGCCAGCAUGCGGCUGGAGCUGGACGCCCUGAGGGCCAAGUACGAGGCCCUGCAGUGCUUCGCCCGGACCGUCGCCCGCGGCCCGCUCGCCUCCGGGAAGGUGGCCACCACCAGCGUCAUCACCAUCGUCAAGUCGACCAAUCACAACGCGGGCCCCGCCCCUUUCUCCGCCACCCCCUCCUAAUGCUCACGGGGCAGGACUCGCCGCAAGCAAGGCAGGGUCGCCCCCUGGCCAGACCCGCCCCGCGCUGAGAAGGAGCUCAGCUGAUGGGAGUUGCGCUGGGGGGGCACCCCUAUCCUACAGUUCCACGCCGAGGCUGAUUCUGCCAUGACCUAAGCUCACUGUCACCUCUCUACUUUACACUGUCUGUGUACUGUGCAAAAAGAAAAAGAAAAAAAAAACCCAGCACCGGCAGGGCAGGCUGUUCCCAUAUAAAGGGACUUUUACAGAGUAAAGCACUUACUGAAGUGUGAACGAGUACUUCAUACGAUCUGAGGCAACAGCACUAGUCUGAGACAGGUCUGAUGCUUGUAGUAUCUAAACUUUAUGUCAGAUAUGAAAACGUAUGCUAUAGUUAUGAUAAUGGCAAAACAAUAGUUAUUAUAAGAAAACUAGAGACAAUAAUGCUUUUGACGAUAAUCAGCACAAUGCUAUUGUGAAAAUCUGCAGUUAAGUUGCUUUUUUGUUAAAUGCAGCACCCCAUGCUGACAUGGCUAUGUGCUACACACAGAAAAGCGUACUUUCAGAGAUGGCAAUCUAAGCUGAGAAGAACCAACGGGCACCGCAGGGCUGUCAUUGUGAGGGAUGUGGUAUGCUGAUGUCUAUAGCGCUCAUUAGAAUAGAAGUAAAUGUACAGGAAAACAAGCCAGCUCUCUGGCUAAUUAACAAUAAUAAAUGCUAAUCAUGAAUGGCACUUAACGGAUUACUGUCAAUCACAGUAUACAAGAGCACUUGUUUUUUUUUUGUUUUUUUUUUAAGUAUGAAAUUGUGAAACUAUAGGCUGCCUUAGGCACCUUGGUGAGAUUUUAGAGCUAUCUGUCCUGUAUGAAGCUAAUAGCAUUCAAUGUGGUUUAUUUUUAUAACAUAACAUGGUUUAAAUUUUUGAUGCGGUUUACAAUAAUGUGAGGGGAACUAGCUUUUAUAUGGUCUUUAUAGAUGUUUUCCAUUCUGAACUCGCACUACCAACGCCGUUCUUUGUGGAAGGUAAUCCAUAUUGGAUAUAGAGAUAAUGGGAACCAUCAACAAUUACAUGCAGUCUGACUGUUUCCUGUAUAUUACAGAUUUAAAUGACUUUGUUUUGUUUUAACAUAAAAGAAGAUUGGAACAAGUUCAUAACUGCAGCUUUUAGCCCAUUUUGUGGAAAAUUCCGUCCUCAGGAAACCAUUCCCAGUGCUCGGUCACCAGGAAGUGCCACUGCCGGUGUUGGUUAAGUUCAUACAGCAUGUUGUAUGGUCAUAAUAUAAUACUUUGACACGAACAUUAGGGUAAAAAGAACCUCCGCACGUUAACUUCCCCAGAACAUAAAAUGGAAAGAUAGCAUGGUAUUUAGUUGUUGCACACAACUAAUAAAUUGAAUACUCAAGAUUUUAAUCCUGAUGCUGUUUUUCAGAGAUUAUUUCAUUAUGGAACACACCAUUGGCAUUAGGAAUAUUGUUAAUAAAGCACAAACUUCAGAAAGCCACAAAUCCAACAGGUAUGCUGCAUUCUGAAGGUAGUGAGCUCAGACUGCUCACCAGACUUGGCACACACCUUAAACCCAGGUGUUGAACUGCAUGUGUCACAUGAUUUACUGAUGUGCUGUGACAUCAGUCCAGAGAAGUGGAAGUUAUCUUGUGUUGGGGUUCUUUCUUACCUGGUGGACACGACUCUAACCCCCUCCCCCCCCUCCCCAACUGCUAAACCCUGCUGUAGAGUAUGGGCUUGUGGGGGGUGAAGACUUUGCUGCUGUUUGGCCCUCUGCGUUACUAAGCAAGGCCAUUGCUGUGCUCUUUUAUCAUUGUCGUUUUGUGUUUUCAUAUACAUGUCCUAUGCAUUAUUAUUUCAGUAUAUAUUGUGCUCUAUAUUUUCAGGGUGUGAAAUGGAGGGGUAUAAUCCUGUUAUCACCUCCCCUACUAAGUACAUUAGCAGAAAUGUCACUAUGUCACAGAGUCCUUUUAGCAGUAGUGUCUUUCGUAUGUAUAUCACCAGUGUGUUUACUUCCUCCAUUGUGCUGAGGGUAUAAGUUCAUUGUAGCCCAUUGAAGCCUUGCAAAUACAGCUAAUAAAUCCACCUAUCCUGCUAAAAAUGAGCAUUUACAGUUAAUGGAAACCAUUGGAAAUGACUUAAUGGCUAAAGAUAAAUAAAUAUGAACCAUUUUGCUCAGUUCACUCAGUUUUCAGUUUUUUAUUUAUUCUUUUUUUUUUUUUUUUUUUUUUACAAAAAGGAGGCCAAUUAUGAUCACAUGGCUAGAUUAGGAGAAAGGUUAUCUUCAUUUGGACGCUGUCCGUAAAGGGUGACGUAUCACCGUGUUAUGGACUGAUGGCAGCUGUGGCCCUUUCUUACAUCCGUGAUCAGACACCCAGCCAGCUCAGGGCAACACAAGCAAAGCAAGUGACUGACAGUCUUUUUGGGAGCGUCUGUAACAGAGCCAACAACUACAAGGCCUCUUCUUUUCUUCCCAUGGCUGUUUAAGGCUGUUGUUGGCAUCUCGGGUUUCUUGCUUCCUUUUCAGAGCAGGAAAGCAAAUCUGGCACAGACAUAAAAGCUCAGUCGUCUCUAGACUGUUGCAGAAAGAACCUGACCCUUCAUCCGAGAUUAAGCAUUGGUUUUUCUUUUCACUUUUUCAUUAUCCUUCUGAGGGAUGGAAUAUGUCCUGUUUGAACAGCAAAUCCUGUUUUUUUUUUUUUCAGAGUGGAAGCCCUUAUAUCAGUAGAGCAUAUUGCCACAGCCCUUGUGAACCUGUCACAUUUGUAAGACUUUUUUAUGUCGGUAGCAGUGAUUCACAGCUUAGAAUUCUCUGCAGCACACUCACCCUGUGUGCAGUGUGGAUUUUGCUCCUCUUAGCAGCAGCGGGAAGAAAGAGAGGGCCCAUUUAUCACAACCAUAAAAUAAAAGAAUGACAAAGUGUAUCAUCUUCCCUGCUCUAUGCUGCCACCCAGUGGUAUGCCUGAGGUAAAACAGCUGUGAGGAAAUCUGCGUGAGGGCACUCGUCCCACUGUGCACACUGCAUUGGUUCUAUUAAAAUGCCAGAAUGUCAAUAGUUCAAAACCAGCCAAUCAUAGGCAAUGGUUUAGGACUAGAGAAAGUACUACAAAGUGAAGACCCGUCCAACUGAAUAAUUUUCAUGCUGCUGUGUGCUCAUCUUCAGGCCCCCAGAUGUAAAGACUGAAAACUGUAGGGUAACUGUUCACAUGGGAAGUACCUGAGAGGUGGUGUUGCUUUAACUUAAGUUCACAUUGUUUAGUGCAGAGGAGUACAGGAACUGGAAACCAGAAUGAUGAUGCUGGACAGGGUGGAGAUGAAACGCCCUGGUUUAUAAGUAUAUGUACUGUAUCUUUGUGUUGUGUUCCCUCUGUAAUUGUAUGUUUAACGUGUAAUUGGACAAAGCAAUUGAGAAAGGAUGACCCUACAUCUAUCUGCAUUGUGUACCUUUUCAUUUUUAUACUGUGCUGUAUGUGGCCUUUUAGAGUUAGAACUUAAAUUAUUCAUUAUCUGACAUGUAUCUAUAUAUUUAAAUUAUACAUUGUAUAUUUGCUCUGAUAUUUCUUCAAGCUAUUUGCCAUGAACGCACAUACAAAUUUGAACCCAGUUGUUCAAUUUGGCGAAUUACUUGCCUCUAAAAAGUAUGCUGCUCUAAACUUUUACAUGCAUCUGAAAGCCUGCAAAAAUGACCAGAUAUCCACAUAUGUCUACAAGAUGAAAGUGAAUGGUUUUGGGUAAAGAAUCCCACAAACAGACUUCCAAACAGCUGAACAGUGUGUUCAUUUGGAAAAUAAAAUUGUCCAUACAUGUGAAAAAUCUAGAUUGUCUAUCUGAGUAGUUAUUUGAAGUGUAGAAACUAGUGCUCCUCAUUAUAGCAGUUUGGUCAAUGGUGACUAACUACAGUAACAAGACAAACUAUUAAUGAAGUAGACAAACGGUCAAGCUCUUAACCUGUUACUUCAUUACUCUGUUCAUAUGUAUUUGUACUCCGGUAUUUAUUUUGUUUAUUUUAAUUAUAUAUAAAUUAUUGGAUUGUACGUAUUUACAUUCAUUAUGGUUCAUUAGUGACUGUACCCUCAUGUACAUGUACAAAAUCAUCUUCUGUUUUCCAUGCUCUGACUAAGAAUAAGGACCUAAUUUAUUACUAUGUCUGCUGUGCCUGUUUUUGUACUUUUCAAUAAAUCAAUUUUAUCAUGA